AAUUCUAAGGCCCAAUAUUAGCCUGCCGACAACUGCGCGUACAAGCACGCGCUGAAACGCUUCCGAUACUCUUUUUGGGAUAUAACAAACCUCUGUUCCCCGUCUUCCAUCAAUAGAUCAAUUUUUUUUUUGUGUUUCCGAUGAAUCUUCCGAUGCGUUGCAGUUGUUAAACUCGAUCGGAAUUCAAGUUCCUUUAUCCCUUCCCCUACAAAUUCAAUUAUUAUUUUUCAGAUAUUUGAUCAUCGGCGUCGGUCAGGCGAAUUCCAGCUCCGAUCACAUUCCGGUGAGGAGAGUGAUGAAAAGAAGAGGAAAUUGAUAGUUACAUUUGGUUCAAACCUAAUUAAGCUAUUUCUAGCUCAGCCGCCUCCAACUCUCUAUCUCAAUUUCCAUUGGUCGGUCUGCUUUCCAGAACAAUCCUUGUUCAGGUGUAAGAGGAACAAAUUAUUUAGAGGAUAUGACAUUUUUUGAUAGUUAUGGGGCAAGGCUUUUGAACAUCCUUAUGUACAAUCGGAAGAGCAUACAUCACUUCAAUUAAAAAAUUAGAAAAACAAAUGGGCAGUUCCCUUUUUAAUUUAACAUGGAGAUUGUGGGCUUUAAAUAUAGUGAAUGGAUGGAAUGAAUGAAAGGAGAAAAUCAAGAAAAUAAAACUUAAUCAAAUGACUACUGGACUUCAUCUAAAAGGAAACAUACAGAAGGUUAGCUGAUAGACAGCAGGAAGCUAUUGUUUACCUGGUUUAGUAUUGAAUGUGUGAGCUGGCCAGAAUAGAUUGAAGCACGUACUGAGACAUAAAAGGCGUUUUACAAUGAGGUGUAAGGUUCCUUCGCUGGUAGAUUUAUGUGUUCAGACAGCAGUAGAUAAUUUGAGAUACCUUGGGGAUGUUGGUGAAACAGACACUUAUCUACUAGAGCGCAUUUUGCCUCACUGUUCUCUUGAACAAUUGACACAUGUGGAGAAUUCGACAGAAGGAAGAGAUCUCAGUCAAGUGACUGAUAGACUUUGGAAGAGGUUUUACCAGAUUGAGUUUGGUGACAAGAGCAUCAAUCAGGUGGUUGAGCGAAUGAAGCAAGUGAAAGUAACAUUUAAAUGGAAACAGUUAUAUGAGGCGAAGACACAGGAAAUGGAGGAAACUCAACAAAGAUCAUUUGAAAGAAUCAAGGAAUUGUACCAAAACGAAAAUGCCAAACGGCAAAGCCGACAAGUUCAAGUCUGCACAAAGGUUCCCCCUUCUAGCAAUAAAAGAAGCUUUUAUGGUAGUGGACUUGGUAGCAAUUUUGGGAACACAAAGAGUCCGUUGAUGAAGAAGGCAAAAAUAGAGUUUGUCAACAGUCGAGAAGUAAAGAAUUUAGCUGCUUUGAAGAAUAAGUCCGUGCAAAGAAAUCAUAGCCAAGUUUCUUUUAUAAAGAAACCAGGUAGUUUUGUUUCUUCUCAAGAAAGAGGCAGAGGAUAUGAGCCUGACACCUCAACUAGGCGUGGUUCCUCCACAUAUCCUGACACCGCAGCUAAGCGUGGUUCCUCCACAUAUCCUGACACCGCAGCUAGGCGUGGUUCCUCCACAUAUCCUGACAGCGCAACUAGGCUUGGUUCCUCCACACAUCAUGACACCGCAGCUAGGCAUGGUUCCUCCACAUAUCCUGACGCUGCAGCUAGGCGUGGUUCCUCCACCUAUCCUGACACCGCAGCGAGGCGUGUUCCCUCCACAUAUCCUGAUACCACAACUAGGCUUGGUUCCUCCCCCAUGGCUUCGUCAGCAAGAUCGAAAUUUACUAGCCGGUAGGAGAGAAGUUAGGCUGGCAUUUUAUGUAUCAAAGCUGGCUGUUGAAAGAAAAUGCUGAGUAGUGUGUUUUCUGCUACAUGAAAGCGCGGUCGUGUGUAAAUUCUCUAUAAAACGCCUGAAAGUGUAACUCUGUAAUUUUCAUAAAACGUUUGGCGUGCUCCGUAUAUCAUACUUAACAUUAUGUUCAAUCCAUGAUUGUGCAAAUAGUGCUCUUGGAUUUGUUGUUAAGGUGGAUAUUCGGUUUUGUAAACAAACCCUUUGGAUGUUAUACUCUAUUUAAGGGUCCUCUUAGUUGAAAAUAUAUCGGGCCAUCUUCAUUUGUUUCGUUAAA